GUGGUGGGUGUGCUGCCCAUAAAAAUCUGUCCUCAGCCUGUCCGUCAGACCUCCUACUCCUGCAGGCUCCACCCUUUUACAAACUCUCAUCGGAACGCAAUAGAACCCAAACCUGUUUUUACUAUGUGCAUGACUUCUUUUGUUUGUCUCACAUGUCUUGUGGUGUGACGACAGAAGGUUUUGUAAAAAAUAAAAAAAAUUAUCCACCUUUUGAACUUGUAAGAUUCACAGGAACACACUUUCGUUUACGCCUAGGUUGAAAGACAGCUUUAGUUGUUGUUCUGUUUGUACUUUUGCUAAAAAAGCAAACACCAUAUACUAAUCAAGUCAGAAGUGUGUUCCAGAAACAAACCACUCACGGCCAACUUUCUUGGAAUAACUUUGAGUUUUGGAGCUCAGGAGGGCGUGACAAGCAGUUUCAAAGUGUUCGAUGUUUUUAUUUCUAAAUGACGGCUCACGUCGCAGGCUGCUGCACAACGCAGUUCCCCGUCAUAUAAAAUGAUCAGAUAUCGUUGCUCUUAUUUCCUUAACAGAUGUAUGAGCAGAAACUGGAACUGCAGCAUGAUGUGAAUAUGCAAUAAAUUCAUCUGAUCUGAUGAUCAGUUUUCAGACGGAACCAACAUGCAAACAUCUUAAAUAUAAAACCAAACAUAGAGAAUCAACAUAACUCCCUGUGUUACAUGUCGGUUCAUCUUUUUACUGUUGUUUUAUGAAUAAAAAAUCAUGUGCUUCAAUUUCAGACUAUGGGGUCGGCACAAUGACACCAGAUUUGAUCGGAAACAGUGCAGAGUGGCUGGCCCAGCAGCUGGUGCUGGAGUUCAAAAGGAAGUGGCUUCCUUCCCACGUGCAUCGGAGAGGACGGCAAAGCCUCCGCAGUUCACUGCAAGAGUUACCAGGUACUGGAGGCGUGGAGGUAAAGACCGGGAGCCUGACGGAGGAGAUCCGACUCAGGACCAGGAUGAGGGGAACCCUUAACUGGGCACCGCCCAGUUUCCAGAUCAUUUUCUCUAUCCAGCCACAACAAAGACGGAGUGAGGUGGUAGCCUUACAACACUACCUGUGUGCGGGCUGUGGGACAGAGGUGGAGCCCAGAUACAUCAAGAAACUGCGGCACUGUGAAUACCUGGGAAGAUAUUUCUGUGACUGCUGCCACAGUGGAUCAGAGGCAGUCAUUCCGGGUCGAGUUCUGUCCAACUGGGACUUUAGCAGGUACUCUGUGAGCGACUUCUCCAAGCAGCUGCUGGACUCGGUCUGGUCUCAGCCUCUGUUUGACCUCAGCUCCGUGGGAAAGGCUCUGUGGAGCAAAGUGAAAGACCUGGACAGGUUCAGGGAGCUGAGGGAGCAGCUGAUCGGGAUCAGGAAGCUGCUGAAAGCCUGCAGAUUAUCUGAAAGGGUGUUGGCCGAGUUUGAGCCACUUCCUGCUCACCUGCUGGACGAGCCUCUGCUCUUCUCCAUGGAAGACCUCUACAGGGUGAAGAAGGGCCAGCUGGUGGCGCAGGCCCGGGCGCUGCUCACCGCCGCCGUGGAGCACGUCGACAACUGUGAGCUGUGCAGGGGCCGAGGCUUCAUCUGCGAGUUCUGUCGAGCGAAGGACAUCAUCUUUCCUUUUCAGAAAGACAAAUGCCAGCGAUGUCCAGUGUGCAAGACCUGCUUUCACAAAGACUGUUUCCUGGGGAAAAGGUGUCCGAAAUGCACACGGAUCCAGUCCCGAACAAAAGUCCAGACGAAGUCAUGAAGUGCGACACGAACAGAGAUCUGCUGCUGGGAACCACUACACCUCUCUGGGAUGUCAUCCUAAUUCAGUGCUGUCCCCUUUAUCAGUGUUACACUUUCAAACAUUGCACUUAGAAAUCUUUUUACAGCUGUAAUUUGCUGUCUUUUGAAAUACUUUUGUUUAUUUAUUUGCCCUAAAACGAAUGAGUUCCUUCUCCUACAUGGUUGUCACAUUUUUCUUCCAAUAUUAAACAUUUGAGACAAUCUUGUUUUUAUCAGUGUUAUCACUGAGUCACCGGAAGCAGAUAGUAUUUGUGACAUCCAGUGGCUUUAUCCAAACAAGCAUCAGCAAUUCUGCGAGAAAAUGACAAAAGCAAAGUUUCACAUAUUAAUUUGUGAAAACAAACUCAGAUGUUAUCUGAGAUUGACUUUGUUUUAAUCAGAGGACAAAAACUCUGAAGUUCUCUGGGAAUAAUGUCAAUAACUUGACAACUCUAUAGAUAUACCAACUGAAAAGCUCUCUGAAGUUUUGAGAGAAAACAUCAAAAAAGUACCACAGAAGUUUAUUUUGUGUCUUGCUUAAUGAGCCCAAUUAAAACUGGGUGUAAACAUUCAUCUCUCCAAAGAUCAGUGACGGUUGAGAGAAGUUUAGCUGGAUGUAUUGUGUAUAAUUCAUCUGCUUACAGACAGAAACAAACACACAGGCCCCAGUAGACCCCAGUAUGUGUUUUUGUUCAGCCCGUUUAGCCUCUGAACGGCCGGUGAAACUCUCCUGAUGGAAGUUCAGUUCACACCUUCAUGGAUUACCGUCAGACGAGGUCGUCUCAGCCUCUGAGGUGUGGUUACAAUUAAAGGACACCUAAAUUACAUGAUUGACUGGCUGCUGCUAAGAAGAACGACUGAUGAUGAGGGAAUUCAGCGGUUUGAUACAGGAAAAUGAAGAGGAAAGAUGGACAGAAUGCACAGAAGGAACCAAGCAAAACCCACCAUGUGUCGUCCAGAGGGAACUUCAACACCAGACUGCCAACGGACGACGAGACUAUACAUCACUGGUUAGGAGGAACAAAUACUAUGGGCAUCGCAACAGUGAUGAAUGGAGCAACUACCAGAAACCACCAGAACGAAGACGCCGCCCCAGAAUCCAGCGACUGUAGCAUGCGGACUACAGGAGCAGUGUGAAUGGCAGAGACGGGUUUUCCAGAACGCACCACGACACACAGCCUUCAGACUGAAGGUUUGAAUCUUACACAAAAUAAUUAAGACAGUCCACUAUAUUCAGCAGUAACACAGAAAACUACCAACCCUCUGACGUUUUCUCUAUGGUCGUUAUACUUCCUGCUCUUUCUUUUUUUUAAAGCUUUUGUUGGCUCUAGUGGCCUUUAUUUGAAAGUUUUCCGACAGGAAAGAAGGUAAUGAGAGGGAGAAGACAUGCGGCAAAUGUGGCCAGUCAGGGAAUUGAACCUGUGACUACUGCCAUGAGGACUAAGGCCUCCUUACGUGGGUCAGGCUUUGCCCCUGCACUUUCCUGCUCUUUCUGAAUUACAACGGUUCAGCCCCGUCCGAAAAGACUGGCGGAACCCAUUUAACGUAGCGUCCACCUGGGCCAGAAGAAACUCGGACCACCAAGCGGAGAGUAAACGAAGAAUAGGUGACAGACCCUGAUAGAGGUGAGUGAGUUAUCAGCAGCUGCAGGUCCCAGUCCUGAUGACAUUGUCACCCCUGUUUCUCAGAGACCUUCAGCAGAUGUACUGAUGGCAGGCCUUUCUCUCUAGAACCUGUCAAAAUCACUCCAAAGAGACCUAGAGCUACACCUGGCAUGCGCAGACCCAUCGAACAAACUGCAGGAUGGAAACCUAACCAUGAGGAAGAAGUGGCUCAUCCUCGGGCUUUCCAAUGUGACCAGAUUUCCACAAUUUGGCAUUAGGAUUCUCCAGGUGGACAGCUUCCCAUUGUGGAAUGACAAUUACAGAAGUUGAGCCUGUCGUUCGACGGGAUAAACAAUCAGGGUACCGAAGACCAGGCUCCCACCAGCAAAGAUCUUUAUUCCGAAGAUCAACUUUGAUCCUCUGCUCCCACACAGAGUGGUCCGUCCUCCAUCAUCUUAACGGACACAUUCGGACAUACAGGGAACACGGUCCAGCUCUGACUGAGGUUUUCCAGACGGAGAAGGACGGUGUUCAUUGGACCAGUACCACCGCGUCUACGGUACCGGUCAGCUAACGUAAAUGUUCCCAUUAUCCAGAGAGCACUGGAAUGGGAUCUGACUAUGAUCGGACAUUUAAAAGCUUCUGCUGCUCAAUUAAAUCUUUUGAACACAGAUUUGACUUUUAUACCCACAAAAGGUUGUAA